GCCACAUAAAGAUUCUCGGGAAAUUAGGUGACUUCUGUGACUUUGGACAAUUCGGAGGUCAUUUGUACUAUUAAUUGGCCGUUCAAGUGUUGGGGAUAAAGAACACACGACACAAUGCCUGGAUUGCAAAAAGUCCUGAAGGGUGUACUACAGUACAGAGAACUCUUCAAAAGUAAAAUGGUGGAAAAACUUGUCCAGAUCAGUGAGCACCCACAGCCAACUGCCCUGCUGUUCACAUGCAUGGAUACAAGGCUCCAACCUUCUGUAAUUACAAUGUCCAACCCUGGUGACAUGUUUGUUGUGAGAAAUGCUGGCAAUAUGGUUCCUCAUUCUGACUUCUGCAGCUACGAUCAUAUCACUACAGAACCAGGUGCAUUGGAACUUGCCUGUAUUCACAACCCCAUCAGACACGUCAUAGUUUGCGGCCACUCAGACUGUAAGGCAAUUAACCUCCUGUUAAACAUGAGAGACAAAAAAGCUUUAGAGAACAAGGAUGGUACUCCAUUAGAGAACUGGGUCAAGAAACAUGGUCUAAGUUCCGUUAUGAAAUUCGAACAGCUUGAAAAUCUUGGAGACAAAGGAUCUGGGCCAAUCAUAUUUCAGGGGGCAUCUCCAAAACACACAUUUGAGGCUUUUAUUGAUCCUCAAAAUGAGUACUCAAUAUUGGACAAGUUGUCACAGGUGCACUGUCUUCAACAAUUACAAAAUAUAGCCAGCCAAGAUUUCCUGAAGGAAAAACUUUCGAAGAAUGAGGUUCAUCUACACGCUAUGUGGUAUGACAUGAAACUGGCAGAUAUGUUGAUAUUUAGCCGUCAACGAAAACAAUUUGUGACAGUUAAUGAGGACAAUUAUCUCCAUCUUUUGGAAGAUUCUAUGACCAUGCCUGACCAUAAAGAAAUGGAGAAACCUAGUCCGGUCUGGCGUGGUUAAGUAACGUGUAUAUCCUCAGUUUUUAUGUUAUGCAUUAAGCUAAAAAGGUGCAAGGUGUAUUGCUUGUCUGAUUGAAUAUUGCCACAAAGCUUUAAUGAGGCUAAAAAUGAUGUACAGUCAUGAAAAAUACAAGACCGAUGUAAAAAAUAUUGUACAGUUAUGAAAAAUACAAAACUGAUAUUGAGG